CAACGCCAGAAGAAGCCAAGAGGAUUCAGAAGAAGCUUGUCCGACGAAUUUUGCCCUUCAUUUGUAUUGGAUACCAUUUGAUGUAUGUGGACAAGCAGACUCUGGGAAGUUCCGCAAUUUUAGGCAUCUUGAAAGAUGGACAUCUAAAUGCAAACCAAUACAAUUGGCUCUCAUCUAUCUUCUACCUAGGAUAUCUUGUAGCUGAAUGGCCGCAGAAUCUAGCAUUGCAGCGCUUUCCCGUAGCGAAAUGGUUGGCCGGAAAUCUGAUUGUUUGGGGGUGCAUCCUGCUUCUUCAUAUUCCAUGCAAAAACUUCGCGUCCCUCUUCGUCGUGCGAUUUUUUCUAGGCCUCGCAGAAGCUUGCAUCGUACCCUCAUUCUUGCUUAUCCUCGGCAUGUUCUUUACAUACGACGAGCAGUCUGUCUUGAUGCCACUCAUGUGGGCAGCUGGGAACUCCAGUCCGAUUACCUCCGGGCUGCUGUCGUACGGCGUUCUUUGGAUUGACACAGGUAGCUUCUCGUCGUGGAAAUGGUUCAUGGUCAUCACUGGCUCCUUGACCGUUAUCUUCGGCAUCUCAGUGUGGUUCUUCUUCCCCGACAGUCCGCUCACAGCGCGCUUUCUCACCCUUGAGGAACGCGCGCAAGCCAUCCUUCGGAUCCAAUCAAAUCAUUCCGGUAUCGAGCAGAAGCACUUCAAACGGUACCAGUUUAUCGAAGCCAUUCGCGACCCAAAAACUUUUCUGUUCUUCUUGCACGCUUGGUCCCAGGAGAUGGCAAACGGGCUCACCAAUCAAUACUCCCUGAUCAUCAAAUCUUUCGGCUUCACUACUCUCCAGACCACGCUACUCGGAUGUAUCACAGGACUGACCUCCCUCGUCUCUCUUGUCGCAGCUGCGGUCAUACUGGCGAAGACACGGAACUGUCGAGCUUGGCUGAGUGUCGUUGCUUACAUCCCUCCCAUUAUCUCUUGUAUUCUCCUCAUUGCGCUCCCGUGGAGCAAUCGCUGGGGUCUGUUAUCAGCGAUCUGGAUUCGCUCCACUGGCGGUAUCCCAUACGCCGUCGUCAUGAUUUGGGCUGCGAAUUGCUCCGCUGGUCAUACUAAGAAGACGGCGGUCAUCGCACUCUACCACGUUGGAUACGGCCUAGGAAACAUCCUCUCCCCACAACUCUUCCAGCCGCAGUAUGCGCCUCGUUACAUUGUGACUUGGGCUGUGAUCCUGGGAGUUGCGUGUGUACUGCCGUCGGCCAUUAUACUGUACUUGAGAUGGUAUUUGGUGAAGGAGAACAGGAGACGAGACGAACUUGAUCAGCAAGGAAAAGUUCAAGAGAUUGGGAUUGUGGAGCAUCUGGAUGAGAGCGGGGAGAGGACGGAAAAUGUGGUCGAUGCGAGACAACUCGAUCUAACGGAUCGGGAGAAUUUGGCGUUUCGAUACGUCCUGUGAAGAGAAGAGAUGCGCCCUGAUGUUCUCCAUAUAUGUUGUCUUGAGAGACGAGGAAUGGGCGUCAACCCAGCACAACACCAGCGGCUCUGAACGCUGCGCCUCUGUAGUUCCAGGCAGAAUUUGAAAGACAGGUCCAGACUCAGGUCACGUGUAGGAACGCUCAUCGCUCAAGCUCGAACAUCGGCA